AUGUCAUGCACUCCCUCACCAUCCGUCGUUUCUUGCCAUGAUGAUCACAUCCGGGACUUAUGUCAGUUGGUUGAAAGCUUAACCGUAUCAGGUUCAUCGUUGGAUACUAUUAGCUGGAAGCGCAAGACUGUUGAAGAGAGUAUCACCCUUUCCAAAGCAUCACACACCAACUCCUUGCAUGUCAAUCAAACCAUCCCAAACUCCGAUCUAUCUACUAGCUCCCACGCACAAGACCAUCUGCCGCCUUCGAGUUCAUCAUCACAUGCGCAACAUUCUACAAAUGUCGCACUUCUUCCAAUGCAGGUACCAAAACCUAGCGAUAUCACACCCCCACAUGCUGGUUUAGAACCUGAAGGGUUCUGGUUAAUUACCGUCGGCCAAGAAGUAGGCAUCUUCUAUCACUGGGCUGACGUGGCUGAACGCACCAACUUUGUGAGCGGUAACGUUCAGAAGCGGUACCCCCUCAUUCCAGAAGGCACUCGAGUACCAACCCCGGGUGGCCCUUUCUGGCUGCCUGCAUCCCCACCUUCCCCCUCUUGGUCCGCUGACUCGGAUGACUUGUGGUCGCAGGUAGAUGACUUAUCGGAGACAAUGACACACUAUGAACUUUAG